GAGACGUGGAGGCUGCUCCCACGGCCGCUGGCAUCGCCGCUGCGGUCAGAAACCCUCUAUUGUCAGCCCUGGGGGGGCCGGCCCUGUAUGGGGGUGCGAGGAGAGGUCCAGCAGCAGCAGGGCUGGGUUAAGGGCCAUCUCCUGGUCCUGCUGGACGGGGGGGUGUCACCUAGAAGGGCAUCCUGUGCUGCUGGGGCUCAGGUGGGGAGCGGGGAGCUGCCCUUUGACCCCCCAGCAGCAGUGAGGCCAUGAGCUCUCAGGAUGAGCAGUUCCAAGCAGCAGCCCCUGAGCCAGCAUCUUCCUCCGCUGAUGAUGGCAUGACCUGGUGGUACAGGUGGCUCUGCAGGAUUGCCGGGGUCAUCGGGGGCGUGUCCUGUGCUGUUGCUGGUCUCUGGAACUGUGUUACCAUCAACCCACUGAACAUUGCAGCCGGUGUGUGGAUGAUGCUGAACGCCUUCGUCCUGUUCCUGUGUGAGGCUCCAUUCUGCUGCCAGUUCAUCGAGUUCGCCAACGCCGUGUCUUCGAGGGCAGACAAGCUGCGGGCCUGGCAGAAAGCUGCUUUCUACUGCGGGAUGGCCGUGUUCCCUGUCAUUCUCAGCCUGACGCUCACCACGCUCUUUGGAAAUGCCAUUGCGUUUGCGACCGGGGUGCUUUAUGGCCUGUCAGCUCUUGGCAAGAAGGGAGAUGCCAUUUCCUACGCUCGGAUCCACCAGCAGCAGAAGCAAAUGGAUGAAGAGAAGCUCACAGGAUGCCUGGAGGGACAGGCUCUGUGAAGUUCAUGAGCCCUGGGCGACCUUUUGGACCCUGAGAUGGUGGUGAAGAUUUGGGAACCCACUCUGCCCUCCCAUCUGCCCACCCCCUCUCUGUUACUCCAUGAUUUCCCUGGACACUACGGCAACAACUGGAGCUCUCAGGGCUGGGGUGGGCUGUGCCCCCCUCACACACCAGCACUUGGACCUCAGUGCUUUGGCUGCUCCCUCCUCCCGCCACUCAGAACCAAAUAUCUCAUGGUCCUUCUUUUUCUUUCUUUCU